AACAAAAGCAACAUCGAUUGACGUCUCCAAAUUGACAGUCGCAAACGGAAGAGGAUAUCGAUGUGCUUCCAUCUGGUCCCAAGUUACGUUGACUCCGAUAUGUCAUGAAAGAAUCUUGAAGAACAGAAGCAGGCGACGUAUACACCACGGGCCGACGACAGAUUGGGCGAAACUCACCCUCAAGUUCUUUAGCCAUUGGAUGAACCAUCCAAGCUCAGGCCAGGGCAGACUGGACGGAGGCCGCCUCGAGGUCGUCUGUUGACGUCGAUGGACAGCUCAGCAAUCAUUUCGUUCACUCUGUCUUCACCAUUGGAACUAUCACACAUAUCCAUCGCGAGGCGAACCAAACUACCUACGCCAUAGUGUAGAGGGAGAGGAGGAAGUCGAAGCAUGCAACCAUCACCGGAAGCGCCAUCGUGCACACCCUCAGCAUGCAUCAAGGCAGGCUGCAAUAUGCAGUCAAUACAACCAACCACACGUCGUCUGAGCACGGCGAAUGGACGGCAAGUCGAUUUCCAGAACAGGGCCCCUGUCUCUGGAUAACGAUUCACGAUACUGACGGUUCUGGGUUUGCCGAUUGUUGUUGGACGGAUGUUCAACAAAACCCCUGCCAAUACAACCCAGGAGGAUGGGUAUCUACGUACAACCGCCGUCCCCGCCCUGCUUUUUGUUGGCUUCCCAUCAAUCCGGCAUCACGCCUUUACAUGGGCCGCGAGGCUGUUAACGGUAUAAGUAUCCCGCCAACCCCUCCCUUACCACUCUUCUUUUCCUGGUUCUUACUCCCUGUCCCCCCAACACACAACCAAAGGGCUGCAAAGUGUUUGCUGGUGUUGUCUCGAGGUUCAUUCGGUAGAGAUAGCACCGCCCGGGCCCUGUCAAUCCUUCUUUUGUGCUUCCCCCCCCCCCCCUUCUCUCCCUUCUUUUUUCUAUUCUCAGGUUCUUCGUCUCUUUCGUCGCUCUCUUGGAUCUAAGCUUCCUCCUGGAUAUCCGUCAACCCCGCUACCAUUUCCCGAUUCAUCUUCCCCAAGACCACCACCAUGUUCAAGCGCUCGUUCCGAUCCCGCGAUGCGGGCAACUCUCAGAGGGAGCCUACCCAAAUAUCAACCAGCACAGAUUCACAACAUCGGGUGGACAAGUCUGCAAGACUUAUGAAGAAAUCGAAACGGGAUCUCCAGAAGCUAUCGAGCCUCAAGCAGCCGCUCGUGGGCGAAAACUCUUCGCGCACACAGCCACAGUCGACGCAAGCGAAGCCAGCCGAGAAGCCACUCGCCAUUACCCCCUCCCCCAUCAUCACCAUCACCGUGGGCGGCGAAGGGCGAUUGUUUGCUGCGCAUGAAGAUGUUCUGUGCCAGGCUCCUCUCUUUGAAAGAAUGCUUGCGCAAUCCAAGAGGAUUUUGCUCGAGGAUGAAGAGCCAGAGGUCUUCAGCGCCAUCCUCGAAUACCUCUACAAGGGCGACUACUACCCCCGUCUGCUACAUAACCAGCAGCAGGACUCUUGGGAGCUCGAGGACUCUCUCUCUAUCCCCGCCAAUCGGGCCGCGCCCCUUACACCCCCGACAGGCCACAACUCACCACAACUCGGAGGUGGCCACGCGGGUCAGUUCCCCAUUGAGCCGACCGUGUUUCUCUCCAGCCUGAACCAAUACUUGCUCCGCGACACGGUGGUCUACUGCGCCGCAGAGCGCUACGGGUUGGAGGAACUCAAAAGGCUGGCGCUGCGGAAGCAAGGGCUGCAGACUGGUAUCGACGUCGGAAUCAUCCUUCGUAGCGCACAGUAUUGCUACGCGCAUACGCCCGACUCCGACAGUCGCCUGCGCGCCCAUUAUCUGGCACUCAUCAUCCGCUGCCGCAAGACCUUCAAGCGCAGCGGCACGAUGCAGGCCGAAAUGGAAAAGUGCGGCAGCAGCAAUGUGUAUGGACAAGGUAGUGGGAAACUCUUCUUUGACCUGUUCGUUGCCAUGUGUAACCACCUCGACGACAUUAUUGACGCGAGCAAUGCGAAUGCGACGCGGACGCCCAAGACCAUCUAGAAGGAUGGUUCUACGGAUGGUGUACGAUUUGGUUUUCGGGUUUCCUUCACUAGUCACGUUGUUCUCACCAUCUCACGAUACCCAACGAUAAUUUGCGCCUUCAUCUAUUUUUGCCCGCAUCGCCUCUCAACUGACUGGAGUUCGGGAUCGAUAUUGAAUAACAACCUUUGAGGGAGGAUGCUUUGGUCAUUCCCUUGUGUCACAGACAACACUGGCUUACCACGACAGACAACAAUCGCAACUCAGACUGAUACCACAUCGGGGACGCAUUAACUUGUUCUUUCUCCGACUUGCGUAUACGGCGCUCGCAACUCAAUCCUUCUUUUUUUUCCUUUUGCCUAUCCCCUGGACAGAUAAUGUAUACACAACCUCAUGGACAAAUCCCCUGGUUGGGUGAUCAAACAGUGUCUCAAGGCCGCCUGGUUUGUAUAGUUUGCUUUUACAUGGGAGAGACUUGUUGACUGUACGAGCAAGGGGUCACUCACUCACUCAUUCGCGAAACGGUCGCUUUGAUUAGCAGACUAGCCAAGACACCUUCGUGAUGAUGUAUAGUAUUGACUCUUAUGAUGAUGACAAACACAGCUAAGGAAGAACAAUAGUAAUACUCAAUUCCAUAGCUGCAUUAGAGAGCUAGCACGCCCUCUCCUCGCUUGAAGAACUACGUAAUGGACACCCCCCCCCCCCCCCCAA